AGUAAGCACUCAAGCUUCAACAGUUGAAUAGCAUAAGUUUUAGGUGGGGACUGGAAGUGGAAGUGUGUGGGCAAAGUUUUGCUUUUGAAGAGUUGGUUGAGUUUGUACAAAAAUGAGUAAAACUUGUUCACGGUGUGAUAAAGCAGUGUACCCAACGGAGGAGCUAAAAUGUCUGGACAAGUUAUGGCACAAGACGUGUUUUAAAUGUCAAACAUGCGGUAUGGCUCUCAACAUGAAAACUUACAAGGGAUACAACAAGCUGCCUUACUGUGAAGCGCAUAUCCCCAAAGCAAAAGCAACAACUGUAGUUGAAACACCCGAAAUGAGACGUCUUGCUGAGAAUACCAAAUUGCAAUCACAGGUUCAGUAUCAUGCCGAUUUCGAAAAGGCCAAGGGUAAAUUUACCCAAGUAGCUGACGAUCCGGAAACUCUACGAAUUAAAGCGAAUUCAAAAAUUAUAAGUAACGUAUCGUAUCAUGGAGAGCUGGAAAAGAAAGCUGCCAUGGAACAAAAAAGGACAUUAACCGGCGAUGAAGCCAAUGGACACGAGAAUUCGGUCCCAGUGGAAGAUGUGCAACCUGACCCUAUAGUUGAAGUCAUACCACAGCAUCAAAGAAGCGUACCCAUUUCUCUACCAUCACCUACACAUCAUCAACAGCAGCAGCAGCAGUAUCAACAACAACAUCACUCUAAAUAUCAACCGCAGUUAAAUCAACAUCAAGACAAUCAUCACCUUCAAACCCAUCAUAGGCAGGCGGAAAUGAAGACGAUGGCUUCUACCCGCACCGGCGCUACCACUUCAGAGGUUUCUCAAAGUACGCGUUCGGCAACUAGCUCCACUGUCGUCUAUUGUUCACAACCAAACAUGUUGGCGAACCAGCCGCAAGGGCGCCGUAUCGGUUCGAUCAACGACUACGAUCCCAUCAACGAGAAUCAUGGACAACAGAGUCAGGGCUAUAGAGGAUCAACGCAGCAAGCAACCCAGUACGUGCAACAACAGCAGCAGCAACAACAACAACAAACACAGCAACAAAAACUUCAACAGUACUACCAGCAACAACAGAGGCAGCAUGCUCUUCACGUGCAGCAACAACAACAAGCAAUGCAACAACAACAGGCGAUGCAGCAACAGCAAGCAAUGCAACAACAGCAAGCAAUGCAGCAACAACAGGCAAUGCAACAGCAACAGGCAAUGCAGCAACAGGCUUUACGGCAUCAACAAACUGCGACGCAACAGAGUGGCUAUCCGGGGUCGGCUGGAAUUUCAUCCGGUUACCAUCAGGCUGCCAAUACACAGCCCCGUAGCUCAGGACGGUCGUACCGAGCUAUGUAUGACUAUGAUGCCGACGACGAUGACGAGGUUUCGUUCCGCGACGGUGAUGUCAUUGUGGACUGCAAAUCGAUUGAUGAGGGCUGGAUGAUGGGCACUGUUCUAAGGACCGGCCGAUCGGGAAUGGUACCGGCAAACUACAUCGAACCUAUCAACUAAUGUUUUCGUUCUUUUUGCCCUUACCCCUGAUCCUUUGGAUCUCUGUCUUCUUUCCUCCUUGUGUCGAAAACCCUAGAAACCAUCGUCCUUCCUGCACGCAACACAUUCAAAUUUCGAAUUCCCGCAGCUAACAUAUCCGAUGCCUGGUGAUAUUUAGUCUUGGUCUUCAGAUUAUUAUAUUUCACUAAAAAAAAAUGGCAGCUACGUCACUUGCCCUUAAACAUCUGAACACAGGACGGCGGGGUUGUUUUUCCAAGGCUUGCUUUCGGUAUUCCGUGUUCUUCGUGAUGUUUCUCAUCAACUUGCAUAAAUAUGUGCCUUCUCUCCCCUUUUAUUUUUAAUAUUAGCCUUAGCCACUAAGCUAUGGUCGGGUGCAAGAACGUGACAACAUUUUUUUGCCUUCUCCCUCCCCUUUAUACAUGUUGGUACCAGAUCAAACUUAUCUCUUGUUAACCUAUCACUAGUUAAUGGUCACUCAAGGUUUGUAUAAUCAAUCGCAGUUUUUUUUUUUCUACUUACUUUUUGUCUUCACCAUUCAUUGCUUGAGAGUUUCGUUCUUUAGCUUCCUAUUGAUGAGUCCGAAUGUAAUUUUUUGGCUGACAGUUUUGAAGGGAUAGGGAAAACAGAUAUCUAAUUUGAAGGGAUAGCGAAGAGAGGUAUCUUAUGUUUCUCUUUCAGUUUUCCGGAGUGCCUUGAAAAUAAAGAACGUAUAUUAACCUAA